AUGCAUGUGGUGAACAAUCCGGUUACCAGUAGCCAAGAACCCGAGCGAAGGAUGAAGGCAGAGGAGCCAGGCUUGACUCAUUUGUUGAGGUUGUUUCCUGGGCUGAGCUUUGGCAACGACUCUGUUCCGCCGCCGCCACCACCACCGUCUUCUAGUCACUCUCGUUCAUCCAGAGGUUUGAAUCGCGGACGAACUAUGCAGAAGAGAAGAUACGCGACGAACAACACCGCCGAGGUGAUGGCGGAAUUUAAGGCAUCGCCAAAUCCGUUUCUCCAAGCAUAUCAAGAGAAACAUUCUUGGAGGAAUGAACGACCUUCAGGGGUCGAAUAUGCUGAGCGUCCAGCUGCAUCUACCUACACCAAGGCUUCAUACCCUCAGUCUCACCCCCCUCAUCCAACGGUCGAGACUAUUCCCGAGUCGGAUGCUAGCAGCGACUAUCAGCAAGAGUAUACAACUGAGGAUCCGACCCAUGGCAUUUAUCGAGUUCCCUCCUACCGCAUGAAUUCUCCUGAAGACCCCUAUCCGCCACAAAACCCCUCCGCUCCCAGCGCCAACAUGCGUCGUCGUCGUCGCCGGGGUCUCGGUGAAGAGUUAUCAACCGUCCCGGAGAACUGGGGAACAUCGGUGGAUGGACAUCGUCGCCAUCCCUAG